AUGGAGGUGGCGGGAUGGUUUGUUGGUCCCAUCAUGAACAAGAUCAUCAAAGCUUGCUCUGAUUACCUGGUCGAGCAAGUCGGAUGGCGGACGGGCAUGAAGAAGAAGCUGGAAAGGCUGCGAGAGAACCACCCCAAGAUCCAAGCUGUCGUCUUUGCCGCUAACCAAGCAAAAAUUAUCGAUCAGACCCCGGGUCUCAAGGAAUGGAUAUGGCAGCUGCGAGAUGCUGUUGAUGAGGCAAAUGAUGUGCUCGAUGAGUUUGAGUACAUGAAGCUUAAAGAACAGCUUUCAAAAAACAUUGGGGAAACAAAAGAAAGUACUGCGUUUUCGGAAAGCUCGAGGUUCCUGAUUGAACGUGCUCGCAAAAUUGGCAAAAGUGUUUUCAAUGUUGAUCCCAACUUGAAGAGGCUUGAGGCGGUUGUGAAGAAACUAGGUAAAGUUUCAGCUGACGUUAGUACUUUUCUUCAUCUUAUAGAUAGCGCAAAGCUGGAGCAGCAGGAGCAGCAGCGUCAGUUGUCUGAAGAACGUGAAACAGGAUCCUUCCCUACAAAUGAUCUCAUCGGUCGAGGCAAGGAGAAGGAACGUGUUAUGGAGUGGCUGAGGAAAUCAUCAAAUGAGCAUCGGGGAACUACUUUGUACGGUAACAUUUCUCUGCUAUGCAUAGUGGGCCAUGGUGAUAUGUUGGAAUGUCUUAAUAAGAAGAGACCUCGUUUGGAGACGCUUGUGGCAUUUCAAGGGCGUCUCGAGGAGGAGGUGAUGUCCAAAAAGUUCUUACUUGUGCUGGAUGAUAUUUGGGAGGAGGAUGAGGAGAACCGGGAUAUUAUUAAAUGGGAGAAGUUGCUCUCCCCUCUGGCUCAUGGGAAUAUUGAUAGUAAAAUUUUGGUAACAACUCGAAUGGACUCGGUUGCAAUGUUGAUUGAAAAGGUCAUUACAAAGAAGGUGGAAAUAGUUAGAUUAGAGGGCUUGGAGGAAGAUAAGUGUUUGCUGCUCCUUAAGUCUUAUGCAUUUGCUGGUUUAGAGAACCGACAGAACCCCCCUGAAAAUUUAAGAGACAUUGCUGGAGAGAUGGUUAAAAAGCUUUUAGGAUUUCCAUUGGCAGCGAAGGUCAUUGGUGGUGUUCUAAGCAAGAACUUGGAUGAAUCACAUUGGAGGAAAGUUCUAGAAAACAAUUUAUUGGAUGAUAAAUAUAUCCAUUCCAUCUUAAGACUGAGCUAUAUAUUUCUGCCAAAUCCUCUACAAAAUUGUUUUGCAUUUUGUUGUAAAUUUCCACAAUAUCAUCUAUUUAAUAGAGAUGAUUUACUCCAAAUGUGGAUUUCUUUGGGUUUCAUUCAGCCAUCUCAAGGAAUAGAGGAUAUCGGAGAAAGGUAUUUUGAUGUUUUACUCAAAAAAGCUUUAUUUGACAAGGUCAAAUAUGACUGCAUUGUCAGAGAUGACUACAAGAUGCAUGAUUUAAUACAUGAGUCAGCAUCUAAAUUUUUUGCACAGGAAUGCGUUGAUGUUUUGGAUGAUGAAAAGUCAUUUCUCAAAAUUUCUGAGACUAUUCGACACUUGUCUGUUUUAAAUGCAAAGCCAUACAUCUUAAGUAAGAUUGAGAAGUUUAAACAUUUGCAUUCUCUUUUCUUGUUCUAUAAAGUUUCUGAUGAAGAUAUUUGCAGUGCACUUACAAAAAUAUUCGAAGCAUCGACAAACCUAUGGUUAUUAUACGUAUUUGCUCCAUACUUGAAAGUAAUACUCGAGGAGAUUGGAAAUUUAAAACAUCUUCGAUACUUAAAGAUUGUUGGUUGUAGUUUGACUAUGCUGCCAAGAUCUCUAAGCAAUCUUUAUCACUUGCAAUACAUAAUCUAUGAUAGCCCAUGGGAAAACCAACCUUAUGGUGAUGAUUUUUUACCUGACAUCAAGAACCUUACAAACUUGCGUCACAUAAAUUUGCCCGAGAAGGUGAGAAUUGAAGUAUCGCCUCCUUAA